AUGGCACCUUUCAUUUUCCUCAGUUUGUUGUUUCUCUUUCUCCAUUACCCCCUCCUAUCCCUCUCAACCAACCCUGAAGGGAACGCUUUGCAUGCUUUGAGAAGCAGGCUUUUUGAUCCCAACAAUGUGUUGCAGAGUUGGGACCCAACACUGGUUAAUCCCUGUACUUGGUUCCAUGUUACCUGUGACUCCAACAAUCAUGUGAUUCGCUUAGACUUGGGCAACUCUAACGUUUCUGGGACUCUGGGCCCAGAACUUGGCCAGCUACAGCAUCUGCAGUUCUUGGAGCUCUACAGAAAUGACUUAACAGGAAAGAUUCCUGAGGAACUUGGUAACUUGAAAUCACUAAUUAGCAUGGAUUUGUAUGAUAACAAGUUGGAGGGGAAGAUUCCAAAGUCCUUUGGAAAGUUGAAGUCACUUAAAUUCCUGCGGCUAAACAGCAACAAGUUGACGGGAUCUAUCCCAAGAGAACUCACCCAUCUUACUGAUCUCAAAAUCCUUGAUGUUUCUAAUAAUGACCUCUGUGGAACAAUACCAGUAGAAGGAAACUUUGAAUCUUUCCCAAUGGAAAGUUUUGAAAAUAACCGGUUUAGUGGUCCUGAGCUGAAAGGACUUGUUCCAUAUGAUUUUGGAUGCUGA